UUUAAGAACCAGAACAAAGAACAUAAAAUAUAUGGGAUAACUCGAAAUACCUCAAAACAAUAUAUGGCUGUAGUUAACUUUAAUUCUAUAGGAGAUAAAAAGUACGGGGCAUGCAGAUGGAGUGAACAUUAUAAUACUUCAAGAGGAUGGUGUCAGAAAUGUGAUCCUUUUAGAAUAACUCAAGGAUGGACAUGCGAAAGUAUUGAUACUGACAAUUGUAUUAAGGAUUUUCAAUCUAUAGCCACCGAGUAUGAUGAAGUGAUAGAAUGGAUUCCUUUUAAUAGAUUGAGCAAUAUACGAGAGAUCGGAAAAGGGGGGUUCGGAUGUGUUUAUUUCGCAACCUGGUUGGAUGGAAAACGAAAAAUCCUAAAUAUCGGCGAGGAAUUUAUACAGUCACGUACACAACAUUAUGCCGUUGCACUUAAAACCUUACCUGGUUCUCCAACAAGUCCUGUUGAUUUUUUAAGAGAA